UAGGUGAACAAUAAUUAUUAUGGGUAUUUUCUAUUUCUUGAGUUGAUUCAUUAUAUAAAUAUUGUAAGAUUGUUGAUACGUUAAUGUAGGGUGUUAGUUAACGUUAACCGUUGUUGUUAUUGUGGGGUAACUAACUUUACGUAAUGGAGCCGCGGGUGAAGUUUUUCGCGAAGCUGCGACAUUUAGUGGGACAUUUGGAGAAAGAAACUGCACAUCUCCAAGAGACAACUGAGAGUCAGAACUACGAUGACACUUCUGGGGGAGCUUGUCUGGCAACUUUGCAUGACCUGCAAUCAGAUGUCAGAGGGUUUAAGUCGCAGAUACAACAGGAACUUGUAAAUAGCAAAGACGAGAGGGCGGAGGGGGUGAGCUUCAUACAGACGUGGUCAGAAAAGAGACAACAAGUCAAAGAAGCCCUUGACUUAUUGAGCAGCCACCUGGAGCAAUAUGGAUACAAACCCAGACAGCCAACACAGAAACCUCCAGCUGCAGGGACUGAGUGCGGUGAAUCCGAAUCUCAGUCUGAGGAUGGGGACGAGGCAGGAGAAGAGGAGGAGGAGUUGGAGCAGGAGACUGGCGAGGACGAUCAAGAUGCAGAGGAAGAAGAUGGAGACGAGCAUCCAGAACAACACAAAGACCUGGACCAGCUCACCCCAGAGAGGUUAGCCCCCUCCCUGUUCACGGUCAUGUGCACCCCGAAGCUCACCGACUUUGGCCUGUCGGAACUGCACCUGCAGAACAUGUUAAAAAACUACGCUGUGGCCCAGGACCCGACCCCAAUGGCCCCAAAAGGGCUCCUGUCGCCCCUCUCUGCGCCCGUACAGCCUCCGGUGCCCAAGACGCCCAAGUGCUACCUCAAACUGGACGAGGAUGCACCCACCCCACGGCUAGAGGACUUUGGUAUCUCGGAGUACACCAUGCGCCUUAACAAUGACUUCACCAUGGACCUCCUCCGUAAGCCCCCAAAGCCUUCCAGCAAACAGCCCUCUGGACCAGUGGAAAAGAUUCCCCUGUUGGCGCCGUCUAACCUUGUCUUCAGUGAGUAUAUGGACACCCCCGAAACACCUGAAAUCCGAACACCAGGAUUCAGGAUCGUGAAGAAGGCUCCACCGCAUACCCCUGUUCAGAGUUGCCACAACAACCCGGAUUCACCCCCAAACCAGUCCAAUGAUCUUAUCUCCCCUGAACUCCCCACAUUUGAGACACCAUAUGUCCGCAAACUCCUGAGUGUUCAAAAGGACGUUAAAUAUGAUGAGCCAGCCUCUCAGAAGCCAGGACUGAGCAGCGCUGUUGAGCUCGCUCCCACCCUAAACGGUCCCCACAGCUCCGCGUUUGAGGACAUUCCUGAGAUACCGGUGAAGCCAUGUGAUGGGGAGCUGCAGCGCACGCCCGAGAUGCCAAGCCUGCAGUCAAUCCUGGGACGCACGCUACAAAGUUUAAAUGUAGAAACCCGUAGCUUGUCUAUAGUGAGCAUGGCAGGAGAACCAGUGCUAGGUCCUAAGGAACCGUCAGGUCCCGCUCUGGAUCUUCAGGAGAACUACACCCAGGAGUGGAACCUGUCGAGCCCACGGGUCAGGAUGGAAUUUGAGCCAGAACCACGCACCCCAGAGAUGCCAGACAUGAGCUCCAUCACCCAGGACAUCUUCAAACUGGUGUCUCAGUGCAACACUGAGAUGAAGUCAGCCGCUAUCCAGCCGCCCCUCAAAGCAGGACUGCAGGCCACAGUAACCGGAAAGGAGAACAAGCCAACCAUCCAACUUCAGAGUCUGGCACUAGUGACAGAGAAGGAGUUCCUGGGCCUGACCAGCUACCUCAGGAAGAUCCCCCUCGAGCGCCUGAACGAGGCCAUCCAGGAGAUGAACACAGCUCUGCACCAGCGGCAGAAUGGUGUGCAUUCGGACCCAAUGCAGUUCCAGAUGGACGAGCUUAGGAGCAUCACAGGCAUCGGGGUGAAGGCGCCCAUGUUUCUGCUGUGCCUGACGCAGCUGAAGAGGGUCGAGCACAUCCAGGGAGCAGGAAAUAACGCCAUGUACAAGCUGCUUCCUACACACACAUGAAUACCGCCAUGCCCCGCCUAACUGCUCACAUGGAAAGGCUUUAUUCAGCUUCUCAAAGAUCAUUUCAGUGCUGUCAGUUUGACUGACACUCAUUCAAGGCAGGUUGUUUGACAUCCUGAGUGUAACUGUGUUUGGGUUUUGGUUGCAUGUUUCAUUACAAUUUCCAGACUGUAAAUAGUGUAUGUACAUAUUUUCUGUGUCUCAGGUUAAAACAAGAGGCUGUAUGUUGUAGUUUUGUCUAGUCGAUGUUAAGUGGCAGGCAGCUGUUCCCAAUGAACUUGUUGGUAAUCAUGCCUUUAUUUUCAACUACUGUUAAUAUAUUCUAGAAGACAAACACUGUUGCGCUGUCUUUCUUCUUUAUGCUCUUGUUGAUUAUUCCAACAUGAUAGAAAAAAGCAACAAUUUAAAAUAAUCUUACGUGUAUUUUUCUAAUGUAUA